AAGAAUCAUAUCACAUUAUCACUACUCUCUUUGUUAUAAGAUGGGCCUAAAAGGCAAGGUACUUGGGCAGGUAGAGAUCAGUUUUCAUGGAGAUGUUUUCCAUGAAAUCUUUAGAGAAAGACCACACCAUGUGCCCUCCAUGUGCUCAACUAUUCUCGGAGUUGAAGGCCAAUGGGGAACUGUGGGCUCUGUCAUCAUAUGGAAAAUUAGCCAUGAUGGGAAGACCAAAACCGUGGAGGAUGUUAUUGAGGCCAUAGAUGAUGAGAAGAAAUUAGUGAAAUUCAGAGUGAUUGGAGGUGAUCUCAAGGAAUCCUAUAAGAGCUUCAUCAUAACAUGUCAUGUUGAUAGCAAUGGUGAUGACAACUUUGUGACUUGGGCUCUCGAGUAUGAGAAGCUGAAAGAGGAGAUUACUGAGCCACUCACCUAUCUGGAACUUCUUCUUAAUAUGACCAAGGAUAUGGAUGAUCACCAUGCCAAACUGAAGCCAUGAAUAUGAAGUCAUAAUAAUUUAAUAAUUAUAAUAAUGAUAAUAAUGAUGAUGAUGAUGAGGGAAGAGUGUGUUGUGUAAAAUUAAAACUGCCCAUCUGUUUAGUUCAGGUGGUAUUAUAUGUAUGUAUUUGUGUUUGAAUAUAUCAAUAAUAAGGUUUUUAAUUUGUUUAUU